AUGAAGACGCAAGAACCCCUUCAGGAUCCAGCUAACUUUGAUAAUAUUGGUUUACCUCCUAAUGAAAGAAUUCUUGAAGAAGAAGAUUGGUUGGAUGAUGGGAAUGAUUUUUGGAACGCAGAGGGCAAUGAUUUUGGAGAGGAAGAUGGCGAUUUAAUGGAGGAGGAUGAUCUACUUGGUGAAGAGCUUCAGAUUGUGGAAGCGAAGCACGUUCGAACAAUGGAAGAAUCUGGAAUUGAAAACUCUAACAUGGGGACAGUUUCGAAAAUCAUGGAUGGCUUUGGCUCGAGCGAGAUGGCUAUUCAUGUCGUUGAUUCAAAGAGUAAAACGCCCAGGAAGAAUACUAACUCUACAUCGAUUCCAGUCUCAGCUCCAUCGACGAGGAAGAAGAAAGGAUCCCGCAGUCCCUCGACGGUUGGCGUCUCCUUGAGACAGCGUAAUCUCUUGAGUGGGCUUGGGUCUCCUAAGGUUUUUUCUGCAAGUCAUGGGCCGAAUGGGUCCAUACCAGGCCAGUUAGGCCCAUCUUCUUCAGUUGAUAAAAAAAGGCCGAGGGACAAUACCCAAGGUUAA